UCCUUUAUGAUCCCGGGAUCUCCCACUUCCCUCAGCAGACAUCAUCCAGCAGCAGAGGCGAACACAUCUCACUCUCACACACACUCAUAACUCUCCCUGCAGCUGCAACAACACAACAACACAUCUACACAACACAGACACACAGACACAAAGAGAGAGGCGACGACAUCGACAAGAUCCCAACAGGAGACGCUUUGUUUUUUGAACACCAUCUACUACAAACCUGCAUCUCUUCCCGGGAUUCUAACUGCUGCUGCCGAGCGACGGACACUUUUAUCCACUUCACUUAAAACAACAAGAAGAAGAACAACAAAAAGCUCCAGUCGUGCCACAAUGUCCGAGGUGCUGCCAUACAACGAGGGCAAAAUGAGCGGCUACGGCGCGGACAGCGAGGUCAGCCAGAUGUCCUUUAGCUGUGGACUGCAGGACACGAGCGCCUUCUUCGCUGCGUCGCAGGCGAAAAGACCCCCGAAGCUGGGACAGAUCGGCAGAGCUAAGCGAGUGGUCAUCGAGGACGACCGAAUAGACGAGGUCCUGAAGGGGAUGACGGACAAGUCUUCACCUGGCGUUUAAGCGUGAACAAUGCCUGCGCUGACUUUUUUAAUUUCAAUCACCGAUUUGAAGCACUUGUCGGCUGUGCAUGUUCGAGGAAUUUGCAGGAAAAAGACGACGGCACGAAGCGAGGACGGGAUGAUGAAAUGAGAAUGGUGUUACAGGACGGGGAAAAAAGGGGAGAGAGAUAGAAUAAAGAGGGGGAAGAUAUAUAUAUAUAUAUAUAUA